AUGUCGCAGGAGCUGCGCGCGCAGCAGAGGCGCACGCGCGAGGCGGAGGCGCAGGCGCGGGCGCUGCAGGAGCAGCUGCUGCAGCUGGAGGCGGCGCCUUCCGACCUGGGGGAGGAGGGCGGCGGCGACGUGGGCGGCGGCGGCGGCGACUCGGGCGACGGCGGCGACGAGGACGACGGGGGCUCCGUGGGCGACGGCACGGAGUCGGGCGGCGGCGGAGCGGGGGCCGCCCGCGCCCGCGGCCGCGCGCCGUCCCGCCCCGCUUCCGCGCCGCCGAUACCGUGCGGUAUCGCCCCGGAGCCCGUCGUCCUCGUCGCCGCGUCGCCGAGUCGCCGCGCGCCGCCGGCA